ACCUCCCAGCAUGGUUUUACUAUGUAGUAUUUUGAUAAAUUUUUCUUCAUGGCUCAAGUUUACAGAAAGUAUAUGCGGUUAUUAGAAAAGUGGCCUGUCGACCCAUCCAAAAAAUCUAGAGAUCUUGGACAGCAUAUUAGGGAUCAAAUUAAAAUUACAUUUACAAGACCCGAUUCUCCAGAUUGUGAAAAUGAAGAGGGGUGUUUGAAAAUUUAUGAAUCUUUGAAUAGGAUUGCUGACAAUCAGUAUAAGAAAGCAUAUGAUAGGUUAGUAAAUUCUUCAGCUACGGGGCUUACAGCUGAUCAAUGUAGGGGGGUUCUUUCAGAUGACUUUUUAAGUUAUUUAAAAGAAGAAAAUUCUAGUUUUUUGUCAAAAGUUUUAAAAAGACACUAUGGCUCUUCGAAAAAUCUGGAAAAACCAUGAAAUACCAUUUCAAAGUGUUAGGUUAAUCCACACUCCUGUUAUGGUUAAAGAAGUAUUAUCUUAUUUAAGCCCUUAUAAAAAUAAUUUAUUUAUUGAUAUGACAUUUGGUUCUGGAGGUCACACAAAAGCUUUGUUAGAAGCUGUACCCUCAUUGAGAGUUAUAUGUUUGGAUCGUGAUCCAUCUGCAUAUUCUAAUGCAGUUGAACUCUCUAAAGAAUUCCCACAUCAGAUUAUCCCCUGUCUUGGUAGAUUCAGUGAAUUACCACAAUUAUUAAACAAUUUAAACAUAAACAAAAAUUCAGUAGAUGGUAUCUUGUUUGAUUUUGGUUGCUCAUCCGAUCAGCUGGAUAUUGCUGAAAGAGGUUUUUCUCUGAGUAAAAGUGGGCCUUUGGAUAUGCGAAUGGAUGGAAAUAGGUUUCCUGAUCAACCUACUGCUUUGGAUGUUUUAUUAAAGGCUGAUGAACAUGAUUUGUAUAAAAUAUUUAAAAUUUAUGGUGAAGAAAAACUUGCUAAGAAGAUUGCAAGAGCAGUAAUUGAGUCUAGAUACUCUUUUAGAGAGAUAAAAACCACUCAUGAUUUAGCUGCAUUAGUUGAAAACAUUAAUUCCAGUGACCAUAGAUUAGACAAAUUACAGCGACCUUCUCAUGUUGCUACAAAAAUUUUUCAAGCUUUGCGAAUAUUUGUGAACAAUGAAUUAAAUGAAAUAAAUUAUGGAAUGGUACUAGCUGAUUGGUAUUUGAAGCUGAAUGGCAGAAUAGUAACACUAUCAUUUCAUUCUCUUGAAGAUAGAAUAGUUAAGAGGCAUUUAACUGGUUCCCAUGAUACUGUUGCUGGGGAUAUACCCUUGAAUUAUGUAAGCUAUUCAACGUGUUUUGAUAAAAAUGAUAUUAAUGAAAUUAAGCAGACUAGUUGGUUGUUAACAACUAAACAUGUUGUUUUACCAUCCCAAGCAGAAGUUGAUAGGAACCCUCGAAGUCGUUCUGCUAAACUUAGGGCUGCUAUAAAAAUAAAGUAAUUAUUUGUUACGUUAUAACAUAGUCCAUUUUAUAGUUUAUUAUUUAAGAUUUUAUGAAAUAUUGUAAAAUAUUUACAAUUAUUCAAAAACACUAUUAAUGUUGUAUAGUAUUUAAUUCUUCCUUUAUUUUUACCUUUUGUUCUUAUAUUAACAGAUCAUGCUCCUUUCUGUAAACAAAUAAAUUUGUGCUGUUUGGUUAUUUAAUAAAUGUCAUUCAGUUAAA